AAGUAAACAUUGUAUUCUGGCUCAAGGGUCAGCUCCACAGCUUGUGAGAAACUAUCACCUCGUGAGAAUGAACUGGGCUAUGCGAACUGAAAAUAAGGUUCCUCCCCCACCUGUUGCCCACGCACCAGUUCCUCCAGGGAGUGUAACCCAGGUGGACGUCAGAAGCCGGGUGUCGGCCUGGUCAUCCUGGGCAUCUGAGUAUGGUGACUAUGAGAGUCUUCAGCUAAAUUAUAACCUGGAUGAAACACCUGAGAUGGCCGCAGGUAGAAUUGAUCGUGAUGUGCAAAUUUUAAACCACAUUUUAGAUGAUAUUGAAUUCUUUAUUAUGAAACUUCAGAAGGCAGCAGAAGCGUAUACACAAUUAUCCAAGCGCAAGAAGUACAAGCGAAGUUAUAAGCUGGGCCCAGGAGAGGGCGUUCUCACACUGCGUGCACAGCCGCCUCCCCAUGAGGAGUUCAUUGAUUGCUUCCAGAAGUUCAAGCAUGGAAUGAACCUUUUGGCCAAACUAAGGUCCCACAUCAGAAAUCCGACGGCAUCUGAAUUGGUUCAUUUUCUUUUCACACCUUUAAAGAUGAUGGUGGAGGCAACUGGUGGUCCAGCACUUGCAAGCACGAUACUGAGCCCUCUGCUAAUAAAGGAUGCACUGGAUUUCUUACAGUUCAUUCUCAAUAUGGAGGAAAAAGCAUUUUGGGCAUCUUUGGGUGACACGUGGAACAAAUCAAGAGCCGAGUGGCCAAAGGACCAGUUUAUUCCCCCGUACAUCCCGCGUUUCAGGAACGGCUGGGAACCACCAUCAUUAACCUUUGUUGGGAUCCCAAAAGAACAGCAGCUGAAUUAUGUGGCUGAACCUGUAGGAAUCGUUUCAGAGCUUCAGCGUAAACCAGAAAUAAAUAAAUUAAUGGAGUACUCCAGCAUCCGGGAAUACCCACCAUCAGAAGGGAAUCACCAGGCUUCUAGCAAUAAACAACCCAAAGAAUUUGCCUUGUGCAAGUAUGACUUUGUGGCCAGGAACAGCAGUGAACUUUCAGUCAUGAAGGACGACAUUUUGGAGGUUAUCGAUGAUAAGAAGCAAUGGUGGAAAGUUAGAAAUUCUAAUGGGAUAACUGGUUUUGUGCCAAACAAUAUCAUGGGAAUUGUGAAAACACAAGACCAAGGAGCAGACCCUCAAGAGACUCCUUAUAGCCAGACUAUUCAGAAACAAAGACUAGAAUAUCACUCCAAGCAAGCACCCCCAGAAUCAGCAGCUACCUCAGCCGUGCCAGAUCCACCACCCACACCUGCGCCAUUACCUGCCCCACCAUUCAACCCUGUGCCAGCGACUGUGCCAUACUCAUCCAGACAAAAGAAUUGCCAAAGCCCCAUCUCUAGUGACAGUGGUGGUAACAGCUUGCCGGACCAUCAGGGGUUCAUACCAAUAUCUACUGACCGCAGGAAAUCUCAGAUGGAGGAAGUGCAAGAUGAGCUUGUUCAUAGACUGACCAUUGGUCGCACAGCUGCCCAGAGGAAAUUCACAGUGCCACGCCAAAAUGUGCCAGCUGUCAACAUCACAUACAACUCCUCUGCAGAGGAUGUGAGGGCCUGGCUAGAGGCAAAGGGAUUCAGCCCAGUAACAAUCACCAGCCUAGGUGUGCUCACAGGAGAACAGAUCUUGUCUCUCACUAAAGAUGAACUGAAAACUGUUUGUCCUGAAGGUCCAAGAGUCUAUAACCAGGUCGCUGUGCAGAAAAUGGCUCUUGAGGAAUUACAUGGAACGUCUGAGCUUCAGGAAAUCAUGAAGAAACGACAAGAAAAAAUCAGUGCAUUAGCCAGUGACUCAGGAGUGGAGUCGUUUGAUGAAGGGAACAGCCAUUGAGCAACUCAUGGCAAGCUAAGGGUUAAUAAAUACAGAGACAAAACAGGUCCUGCUUUAAAUGAUACCUGCCCCUCGCUAGAACUUGUGUUAUUCUCAUGAUGAGCCCUGUUGUGUUUCUGUUGUAUUAAGUGAUAAUGAGAUUCUAAUAAAAUAUUUGUUAGCAAAUGUAAUAAUGAAGCUCUAUGUAUAAGGGAUACUUUCAUAUUAAAGCACAGACCUAGGAGAUAAUUGUGAUCUGGAAAUAACUGGGGAAAUGUUACUAUUUUAUUCAAAAAAAUAAAAGUUUAUUUUGGGAAA